AUGAUUUCCAAGCGUGCUUUAUCCACUUUAAUUCCACCAAAAAUUGUUUCUGCAAAGAACUUAGCUUCCUCCGGCAGCGCUAAACGUAUUGCCAAUGUCGUAGAGUUUUACAAGACUCUACCUACAGGACCUGCCCCAGCUCGUAAGCCUUCCAAUUUGUUUGCUAAAUACAGAACAAAGUAUUUUGAGGGUGACAACGCUUCUGCUAAGCCGUUAGUACACGUUGUUCUACUGAUCCUAGGUAUUGGUUACACUAUGGAAUACAACUUCCAUUUGAAACACCACAAGGAAGAAGGUGCGCACUGA